AUGGAUUCAACACCAUCUAACCUUGAAUCAUCGGUAUCAGUUCCAAGUGUUCAAGAGUUAGCAUUUCAAGGGCCAGAGAAAGUGCCACCAAGGUACAUAAGAGAUGAAGAUGGUGAUGACAUUAUUGGCACUUACCCUUCUGAUCCAUCUCUUCGUGUACCCUUCAUAGACAUGGCAAAGUUGGUCAACGCAGACACGCACCAACUCGAGCUUCAAAAGCUUCUCCUUGCGUGUAAAGACUGGGGUGUUUUUCAGCUGGUAAAUCAUGGAAUUUCAAACACGUCCCUCAAGAAUAUGGGGAAUCAAGUUCAGAGAUUUUUUGAGCUUCCUUUACAAGAGAAGAAGAGAUGGGCACAGAGACCAGGAAGUCUUGAAGGCUAUGGCCAAGCAUUUGUAACCUCAGAGGAUCAAAAGCUGGAUUGGAAUGACAUGAUCUUUCUCAAAUGCCUCCCCAUUGAGAACAGAAAAUUGGAUUUGUGGCCACAAAACCCUCCUGAGUUCAGGGAAACAUUAGAGAGAUAUUCUGAAGAUAUAAGAGAAGUUACAAUUUCAAUUAUGAAGUUCAUUACUAUGUCUUUGGGUCUUCAAGAUACACAGAUCUCAGAAAGCUUCCGAGAAGGACUAUAUGAUAUAAGAAUGAAUUGCUACCCACCUUGUCCAGAGCCAGAAAGAGUUCUUGGGAUUGUGCCCCAUGCUGACAAUUCUGGGAUCACUCUCUUGCUUGAUUGUGCUGACUUUCCCGGUUUGCAGUUCCUCAAAGAUAAAAAAUGGGUCAAUGUUGAGCCUAUAGAAGGGGCAAUUGUAGUAAACAUUGGCCAAAUUAUUGAGGUGAUGAGCAAUGGGAUAUACAAAGCACCUGAGCACAGAGCUGUAGUAAAUAAGGUGAAGGAAAGGUUUUCAAUAGUGACAUUCUGCUAUCCAAGCCCUCAUAUGAACAUUGGACCUGCUGACAUGCUUACAGGCGAAGGAAACGUAGCUGUAUACAAGAAUUUGACACAUGCAGAGUAUUUCAGCAAGUUUUUCAACAGGGACCUUAAUGAAUCCUUUCUAGAUGGUCUCAGAAUAUGA